AUGCACAUGUUAGAAGAGCUCCUGACCUUUGUUCUGGGGAGUCAGGCCUCACAGUGCGUCUGUGCUACAGGCUGCCAUCCCCAGUGGAGAGAUGGAUGUGCGGGCCUGGGCGGCGUGCAGGCGCCAGGCAAACAAGCAGUACGCUCCGUGGUCCCACGGAUCUCUCUUACUGCAACGGCAUUUGGAGGCCACAGACCCAGGGACGCCCCUCGCUCCAGCCUCCGACUACCCUCCAACGUUUCUUCCAGUCGCAACCCUCAGAAUCAGCAGUUCAGGAUCCUUGGCCUCGGGACCCGCCAACACCCUUUUUUGAGCUUAACUCCUUAUUACGAACCAACCGUGAGCUCCCAAAUUGGUCAGAAUGAUUCCACCGAGGUGGAGGCCAUUGUCCACCGCCUGGUCAACCUGCAUCUGCGGACCUCCUACACCUACCUCUGUCAGGGCUUCUAUUUCCACCGCAAGAAUGUGGCUCUGGAGGGCGUGGGCCACGUUUUCCGCAAAUCAGCCAACGAGGAGCGGGAAGGCUCCCGGUGUCUCUUGAAAAUGCAAAACCAGCGCAGUGGCUGCGCCCUCUUCCAGACGUGCAGAAGGCGCCCCAAGAUGAGUGGGGUAAAACCCAGGACGCUAUGGAAGCCGCCAUGCUCAUGGAGAAGAACCUGAGCUAGGCCAGUUUGGACCUGCAUGCCCUGGCUUCUGCCCACGCAGACUCCCACCUGUGUGACUUCCAGGAGAGCCCGCGUCCUAGAUGAGCAGGUGAAACUUAUCAAGAACAUGGGCGACCACCUGACCAACCACCGCAGGCUGGCUGGCGCCAGGCUGGGCUGGGCGAUUAUCUCUUCGAAAGGCUCACCCUCAAGUACCACUAGGAGCCGACCAAAGCCCAGCGACCUUUGAGGAGCCCUCUGGUGUCAGGGCUUCUGCCUGAAGCCCUUCUCUGCAGCCAGUAGGCAGCUUUUUAACUACCCUGGAGCCCUCUCCCAAGCCCUGGACCAAGUGGAAACAAUAAAGCUUUUUUGCAGGAAAAAAAAAAAAGGCAAACAAUUUUAUACCUCUUAGGUAGUUAGAGGUGGAAUGGCUCGGUCAUACUUUGUGGUAUAUUUCCCUUUUAAGGAACCAACAAAAUUUUCUGAAAAAUGGUUGCUAGUAUGCAGAAAUGCAAUAUAUUUUUCAUACUGAUAUUAUAUUCUGUAGUCUUGUAAAACUCAUUUAUUAGUUCUAGGUUUUUUUGUAGAUUCCAUAGGAUUAUCUAUGUUGAUGAUCAUGUUGUAUGCAAAUAAAGACAGUUUUAUUUCUAAAGCCAAGCAAGCAAUUUACCAAAGGAAAACCUGGAUGGUCAAUAAUAUAUAGAAAGACCCUCAGUCUCAAGGAAAGAAAACUAAAACUUCAGUGAAAUAUUGUUUCGGACUAAUUAGAUUAGCAAAAUUGUAAAAGUCUGACAAUCUUAUUUAUUUAUUUAUGGCUGUGUUGGGUCUUCACUGCUGCGCGCGGACUUUCUCUAGUUGCAGUGAGCGGGGGUUACUCUUCGUUGCGGUGCGCUGGCUUCUCAUUGCCGGUGGCUUCUCUUGUUUCAGAGCACGGGCUCUAGGCACGCAGGCUUCUGUAGUUGUGGCUCGCGGGCUCUAGAGCACAGGCUUCAGUACAGUAGUUGUGGCACACAGGCUUAGUUGCUCUGUAGCAUGUGGGAUCUUCCCGGACCAGGGCUCGAACCCGUGUCCCCUGCAUUGGCAGGCGGAUUCUUAACCACUGUGUCACCAGGGAAGCCAUGACAAUUCUUAAUAUUGGUUAUUGAAACAAUG